AUGGGUUUCGCCCAAAAGUUUACGCCAAAGAUUGGCGCCGUGGCCAAGAGCAAGGCCGACGUUGAGGCUGCUCAGGCCGAAGCUCCUCAUCUCAAGAGGGUCAACUGGAGGUCGGAUCCUGGACUUCGCAAGCUCUACUUCUACGCCUUCUUCAUCUGUAUCGCUUCUGCGACCACGGGUUACGAUGGCUCCAUGUUGAACAACCUGCGUAUUCUCCCAAUCUGGACCGACUACUUCAAUGACCCCAAGGGUGACACUCUUGGUCUUCUUACUGCCCUCUACGCCAUCGGUUCCAUCGCCUCGCUGCCCAUUGCUCCCUUCAUUGCCGAUCGUUUUGGACGUCGAUCAUGCAUCACCAUUGGAUGUGUCAUCAUGAUUGCUGCGGCCGCUAUCCAGGGUGCUGCCCAGAACCUCGACUACUUCAUGGGUGGACGCUUCCUUAUGGGUUUCGGUAACUCCCUAGCCCAGCUUUCUUCGCCUCUCCUCCUUACCGAGCUUUGCCACCCUCAGCACCGUGCUCGUGUUACUGCUGUCUACAACUGCUUGUGGAACGUUGGUGCCAUCAUCUGCACCUGGUUGACCUUCGGUACCAAGCGCAUCAACAACGACUGGUGCUGGCGUAUCCCGGCUCUUUCCCAGGCUGCCCCCUCUGUCAUCCAGCUGGCUGCCAUCUGGUUCAUUCCCGAGUCUCCACGUUGGUUGAUUUCCAAGGAGAGGAACGAGGAGGCCCUUAACAUCCUCGCCAAGUACCACGCCAACGGUGAUGUUGACAACGCGACUGUACAGUUCGAAUAUGCUGAGAUCAAGGAGACUCUUCGCCUCGAGUUCCAAUACCAGAAGAGCUCCAGCUACCUCGACUUCUUCAAGACCAAGGGUAACAGGUACAGGCUCAUGCUCCUUGCAUCUCUCGGUCUUUUCUCCCAGUGGUCCGGCAACGGCCUUGUGUCCUACUACGCUACCGAUGUCUACGAUUCUAUCGGCAUCAAGGAUUCUGACACCCAGCUUGGUAUCAACGGUGGUCUUACCAUCCUUUCACUCAUCGUCUCCGUUUCUUGCGCUCUGCUUGUUGACCGCGUCGGUCGCCGCCCGCUUUUCAUCUCUGCCACCGCAGCCAUGUGCGUUACCUUCAUUGUCUGGACCAUCGCUUCAUCGCAGCAAGAGGCUACCAAGAGCAAGGCUGCUGGUCAAGCCGUCAUUGCCAUGAUCUGGAUCUUCUCUGUUGCCUACGCUCUAGCUUGGUCUGGUCUGCUCGUUGCCUACACUGUCGAAAUCUUGCCAUUCAAGAUUCGUGCCAAGGGUCUCAUGAUCAUGAACUUUUUCAUCCAAGUUGCUCUCACCAUCAACCAAUACGUCAACCCCUAUGGUUUCCAGUACCUUCACCCCACCUGGAAGUUCUACACCAUCUAUGCUUGCUGGAUCUUCCUCGAACUCGUCUUCGUUACCGUUUUCUACGUCGAGACCCGCGGACCCACUCUCGAGGAGGUCGCCAAGAUCUUCGAUGGUGACGAGGCUGAGGUCGCCCACGUUGAUCUGGGCAAGGUUGAGGAGGAAAUCAUGCAGCACGGAGGAACUACCGGCUUCGAGAAGGAGGACCACGUCCGCGUCGAGCAGGUCAGGACCUCAUCUUAG